AUGUAUUACAAAUACUUGCGGGAAAUUCUCAAAGAAAGGAAUUCUUCUUCAUACUUGAGAAAGCGUAAGGAGUUUAAUGUCUUGAGGAAAAAGAUGUCAGAGAUCAUUUUGAAGUUGGAUAUGAUCUCCAAGGAGACUAAAGAAAUAUGUGAAAUAUGUGAAAUUAUUUUCAGAGGAGCUGUUAAGGAUGCUGAAGCUACAAUGAAUUCCAUGAAGAUGAGACUCCUUGAGGGAAAUGAAAGAGUAAUAUCCCUUGGAGCAACAGUACUAGAUAUUAAAAAGGCCCUAAGUUUAAAUCUUGAAGAAAAGGAACAAAUGAAGAAAGAGAUACUAUCAUUGUCAGCUUUGGUGACAGAUAAGGAGAAACUGGCAACAAAAGCAGAGUCUACAUUGAUGGAGGUGCAGGAGCAAUAUGACCAAGUCUUGCAAGAGCUCAAUAGACUAAGAGAUGAAAUGAGUCACAAAGAGAGAUUGAUUUCCAACAAUAAGAUGGAAUCAAAUACAAUGAAGAAGAAAUUGAAGGAGGCUUUGGAGCAAUUGGAUUUAUAUUGGGAAGAAAUUGAAAAGCUAGAUCAAAACCUUAAGCUAGCAAUGGAAAAACUAAGUGCAGCAGAUGAAGAGAGAAGUAUUCUUCAUGCCACUAUUGAAGAGAACCAAGAUGUUAUAGCAAUGGUUAAAACAAAAGAAAGAGAGCACAAGAAGCAAAUGGAAUACACAAUCAUGUCUAUUGAAGCAAUAUCAAGAUCUAUUGCCGAUUUUGAACACGAAGUAGCAGAGACUGUCAAAAGGAAUAACCUACGGUACUUUCCCAUUAACUUAUAUGAAAUAUUGUUUCCAACUUUCCAUUUAUAA